AUGGGUGGAGAUCUGAACCUGAAGAAGUCAUGGCACCCAGGCUUGAUCAAGAAUCAGGAGCGCGUAUGGCUGGAAGAGAAGCGCGCUCUCGACGAGCGCAAACAGAUCGCGCAACUACAACGUGAACGAGAGGAGGAGCGCCAGAUGGAGGAGAUCCAGCGCCUCCAAGAAGCCUCCGGAAAGACAAAGCAACACCGCCGUGUCGACUGGAUGUACCAGGCACCCUCCACUGAGACCGGGCACUACUCGGAGGAGAUGGAGGGAUAUCUGUUGGGAAAGCGACGCAUCGAUGGAGUUCUCCUGAAGAACGACCCUGACACCAAGAAGCUGGCGAAGGGUUCGGAGGUGGUGGGAAAUGGUGCCGCGGCCGGCCCGUCUAUUGUCUCGGCGCGCGAUACCAUGUCGAAGGUUAUGGCGGACCCGCUACUCGAAGUGAAGAAGAGAGAACAGGCGGCUUAUGAGGCGAUGGUGAAAGAGACUCUCAGACGCAAGGAAAGAGAGAAGGAACGCGGAGAUCGCGAUCGGGGAAAGGAUCGUGACCGUCGCCAUCGUACCCACGACUCAAAGCGCAGACGCUAUAGUGGUGAUGCGGGUGAUGACCGCCAUGACCGCCACCACCGAAGAUCUUCACCUCGCCGACACCGAUCUAGAUCACCCGGUUCGCCUGAUCGAUCUUCCCGCAGACACCGAGGUGAUCGUGAACGUCGCGACGACGAAUACCGCCCAGACAACCGUGACCGAAGGAGCGAUGAGAACCGAUCUCGCCGGGGCGAUAGGGACCGCGGCCGAGACCGUCGCGACUACCAAGACAAGAGAGAGCCCCACUCUAGCCGACACCAAGAUCGCGAAGACAGAGGUGGGCGAGACCGCUCACCAGCCCGGAACUCCCGAUCUCCUCGCCCAUCUAGUGAUCGCAAAGAACGCCCCGUCGCUGACGAAGAUCGCCGCCGUGACUUCCCCCGGCGCGAAUACAAUAAUCGGCGUGACUCUGGCCGGGCCAUGGGGCCACCCUCGACCCGUGCCCCAACAAACAAGCCCGACCCUAAGGAACUGGAAGAAGAACGUCGUCACAAGUUGGCAGAGAUGCAAAACAACGCCGCAGAAAUCGAAUCAGAGCGACUCCGGCGAAUCACGGAGAUCUCUGUCAAGGAGGAAGAGCAGCGGGAGGCUGACGAUCGGCAGCGUUCAGACCGGGGCAGGUUCAUGUCUGAUGUCAAUAAGCGAGUACAGGAGGAUACUCUGGAUGAACGCAUUCGGCGUAGCCGUGGUGGACUUGCGAAGAUGGAGGAGGAUUAA